AUGGACGCCAAAGUCUACGUUGGUGGACUCCCGAGUGAUGCUACAUCACAAGAGCUCGAAGAAAUCUUCGAUCGAUUCGGAAGAAUUCGUAAGGUUUGGGUAGCUCGCCGUCCUCCAGGAUUUGCUUUCGUCGAGUACGAUGACGUUCGUGACGCAGAAGAUGCGGUUCGAGCACUCGAUGGAUCGAGAAUCUGCGGAGUACGAGCUCGUGUCGAACUUUCAACCGGACAACGUCGUGGUGGUGGCGGCCGUGGCGGUGGUUAUGGAGGUGGUUACGGCGGUGGCCGAGGAGGAGGACAUCGCCAUAUCGUGGAGACCGUGGACGCUCCAGAUCGCGUUCUCGUGAUCGUGGACGUGAUCGUAGUCGUGAUCGCAGCAGGGAUCGUAGCCGUGACAGAAGCCGCGAUCGCAGUCGUGAGAGAGAACGAUCUCGUACAAGAUCUCGCUCUCCACAAGAACGUGAUCGUUCGAGAUCGAAGAGCCGCUCUCGCUCACGAAGCCGUUCUCGCAGUCGUUCUGCUUCUCCACGCAACUAGAUUUUCGAAUCUGCACAAUUCGUUCCGCAACGUCAUUUGCAACUCAAAUUCCCUUGAAGAAUCUCGAAUCAAUGAUAAAUAA